AUGAGUAAAGAUCCUUCAGAUAAUCUGAAAGAUACCAGUACCACAUUUACGAAAAAGAUGAAAAAAUGCAAACAAAAUGAUGAACAAGCAGAUACUGAAGAAGAACUUAUUGAAAAGAAUUUAUUGAAAGAGGAUUCACUGAAAUAA